AUGUGAACACUUCCUUUCAGUUGUCAACAAGUGUAAAAGGAGCAGUGAGUACCACAAGCUAACGCUACACAGCGGGAAACUGUGAAGAAGACCCAUGACAAACAAUUUGCCGAGAGAAUAUCAAGCUAAAUCCGAUGUGUCGUGAAUGACAGUCUAGGUUCACAGGAAUAUAUGCAGAAUGAACCCUGCUGUGCUUAUUUGUCUGCUCUACAACCAAGUACCUCAUAUGUGACAAUGAUUUUAGAGCAGAUGUGGAUUGAGUGAGUAGCUGUCAUCGAUCCCCAAAUACAUCCAUGUGUAUCAUUUUCUUCAAGUUUGACCCCCGGCCUGCAUCCAAGAAUGCCUACAGGCUAAUUUUGGCUGCAAACAGAGACGAGUACUACAACAGGCCGUCCAAAGCUGCAGACUUCUGGGGGAACAACAGUGAGAUCCUCAGUGGUCUGGACCUCGAAUAUGGUAAAGAAGGAGGGUCAUGGCUGGGGAUCAACAGGCGUGGCAAGCUUGCCGCCAUCACCAACUACAUGGAGGGACGACCCAACCCUGAUGCACAGGGAAGAGGUUUUUUGGUGUCUAACUACCUUAUGGACAAGGAUCAGGACAGCUACUCAUACUUGAAGAAGGUGUCGACAGAGAGUCACAUGUACAACGGCUUUAACCUCAUCACAGCAGAGUUCAAAGCCAAACAAGACAUUGUGUGUUACUAUGGAAACAGAGGGAGCCCUGAGCCCAUCCAUCUAAAACCAGCAGGAGUGUAUGGCUUGAGUAAUUCUUUGCUGGACACUCCGUGGAAGAAACUGCUACAGGGAAAGCGACACUUCACCAGCGUCGUCAAUGGACAGCACCACACCUGUGAUGGAUUGGUGCAAGAGCUGCUCAGCGUCCUCAAUAAUGAAGAUCUGAACACACCUGAUCCAGCUCAGGAGAGUCAGGGUGAUGGUUACAGCCAGUCCAUGAUCCAGGCUCUGUCAGCGGUGUGUGUGCGAUCCCCUCAUUAUGGCACAAGGACCAACACAAUAAUCCUGAUCGACGCAGAAGGUAACGUGACCUUCACAGAGCGCACCAUGGUUAACUGUGACACAAGCAAUUGGAGCACAAAUUCUUUCCAGUUCAAAUUGCAGGACUGACGACAAUGAAGGAAACCCACUCUGUGCCUUUCUGCAUCACAUUUCCUCCCUCCUCCUCCAUCUGCUGCUCUCCACUGAAGCAGCCACAUGUACAUGAAAACUUAUCUGCACUUUUCCUCAGCUCAUCAGUAAUAGCUGCCUCAAACACAUUAGUCAAAUAUAUUUCUUAUUCUUGGUUCAGAUGCAUCCUUUGAAAAUGUGUGCUAAUUUACAAGAUUGCCAAAGAUUAUUUAUGAUUUUGUAGUAUUUUACUUACAUGUCACAAAACAGCAGGGUCAGGGUGCUUUGAAAAGUCAAAGAGAUUGCAGAUUGCUAUCAUGAACAAGACUAUUUAUUUGCAGGUUAAUUUAUUCUGGUUUGUUAGGAUAUUUCCCUUCAAUCUGUUAUACAAUAGUUAAUGAAGCAAGUGUUUUAGUGGUUAAAUCCUGUUAAAAAUACACUGGAUCACCAGUAUUUUCAAGAACAUAUGUAAUGUGAUUUAAUUUCAUACCUAUAGAUUAUAUAGUUAUAGAUUAAAUGAUUGAUUGCAUUUCUGAUUACUAUAACCCUCUCACAGCUAAUUCAUUAUUUUAUGCCCCAGCCUUGCACUACGGUAGACUCAGUAUGAGUUCCAGCAAAUAUAUCAGUGUUAAAAUGCAAAUAGAUUCAGACACUGGAUCUGGGACACUGUCCAUGGUGCAAAAAAUGUAUUUUCAGCUGUAUGACAAUAAAAAUUAAUUCAAACACUCA